GUGACACCAGAGCUCUAUAUCACGCGCAACUUCCUCCUGCUCUUCCUCUUUCAAGUCUGUGCGUGGCGUGAGACUACAAGCCAAAAUGAGCAAGGUCUCAAGAGACACAUUAUAUGAAGCCGUCAAGGAGGUGCUGGCUGGCUCCACGGCCAAGACCAGAAAGUUCCUGGAGACAGUGGAACUUCAGAUUAGCUUGAAGAACUACGAUCCCCAGAAGGACAAGCGUUUCUCUGGCACAGUCAGGCUGAAGACCACUCCACGCCCCAAGUUCUCAGUGUGCGUCCUUGGUGACCAGCAGCAUUGUGAUGAGGCCAAGGCCGCCGAGAUGCCCCACAUGGACAUCGAGGCCCUCAAGAAGCUCAACAAGAACAAGAAGCUGGUCAAGAAGCUCGCUAAGAAGUACGACGCUUUCCUGGCCUCAGAGUCUCUGAUUAAGCAGAUCCCACGUAUCCUGGGCCCCGGGCUGAACAAGGCCGGCAAAUUCCCCUCCCUGCUCACCCACAACGAGAACCUCAACACCAAAGUCGAUGAGGUCAAGUCCACCAUCAAGUUCCAGAUGAAGAAGGUGCUGUGUCUGGCGGUGGCUGUGGGUCACGUGAAGAUGACUGAGGACGAGCUGGUCUACAACAUCCACCUGGCAGUCAACUUCCUGGUGUCCCUGCUGAAGAAGAAUUGGCAGAACGUGAGGGCGCUCUACAUCAAGAGCACCAUGGGAAAGCCCCAGCGACUCUACUAGAGACUACUUGGGACUGCUGCUGCUUUUCUAUUAAUAAAAUGUGGAGAGAUCCAA